AUGACGAGGCACAUCUGGAGAGCAGCAGACACCGGCAUCAUGCUCUGGGAGCCGGCAGUAGCAGCCACGACUACUAUCGCACCGCAGAAGCCGCAUGAACAGAAGCAAUCACAUACCGUGACAGAAACCGAUACCCAAGCAAACUUAGCUAGCAGUCACGAUGACGACGACAGAGACACGCAAGGGCGGGUGCUUCCUUCGAUUGAGGGGUUCUUCGGGCCAUAUAUCAAGAGCGAGCCUAGAGAAGACAGCGAUUCGGAGACUCUCUUAGCUACAUCAGAUUACGAGUCCGCAAGCACACAGCCACCAUAUACCCAGUUCCCGCUUCAACCAAACCGAGCCGUUCCUACUAUGCAUCCACCUUCCAGGGCGACCACUCGAGAAAAACAAGAUCUUCUACCACAAAACAAAGAUCAUAGCUUCCCGGCAGGUCACAUAAUGGAGCGAAAGCCAAACCAUCCCUGGCAUGAGGACGAACAGAGGCUGAUGACCAUCCUUUAUCGGUGGUACGAAAGUUCAGACCCCUCAGCCAUUCCAUACUUGUUCAAUGCAAUCACUGGUUUAAGUCUUGGACAAAAGAAAGUGCAUAAUCGAUUUCACAGUUACAUCGUCUCUCAUGGCGGACAGGCUAUUCCAGAAUAUGGUCAAGUUAUGGCUGUCCCAUUCCAUGACCCAGAGGGUCUUUAUGAUAGGAUACAUGAGAUCAUCGAAGUAACGGCUUCGAAGAUCGGUGUUAAGCUACCACGGCGAACAGUAGAAGAAGACCAUAGGCCUGGAUCGGCUAAACGUGCAAAAUGUCGGAAAACGAGGGAACAUCACAAGCGCCUGCUUAGGAGUGCUAAAGAAAGACGAACGAGGAAAUCAUGUCCCCUCCGAGUGUCAACUUCGAAUGAGCUGCCAGUGCGGUUUCACUCACUCGGAGGGUUAACGCUCUCAAUGGAUCCCACGCGAGAAGACGAAGAGGGCUGGUCGGAUACAGAAGGUCAAAGCCGCUCCCAGGCCAGCCUAGCUGAGCCACGAGAGGCAUCAAUACUCGCAUAUAGUAUCGCCUUCAGAGCCUAUGACGGUAGCUCCUUCACAGCUUACUCAGAAGAGAAGGGCUUCGUGAGCUCUAAGUACCACCACUGUUGGCCCCGGGACAAGCCUUUACCGCCGCCUCUCAACCCGAAUGGGGAGAUGAGACCAUACUUCAUGGCAGAUACCAACAACCACCUAUCGAUGACUGGCGGUACUUCGCCGUAUAUCACGGUGUGCACUAGUCUAUUGCAGACUAUGGUGAAGGCUUCGAAUAUGGAAAACCCGAGAAUCGCCGUUGUGGCAUUAGACCAUCAAGUGUUCCAAGAGCCGUACAAAGUUCUGCAUGCGGCUGAGGUGUUACUCAUGCUCAAGCCUGAGGGUCUUGCUAAGUGGGCACGGUAUAAAGGACAUGCAGGUGAUUGGCUAUGUCUAGCUACCUCUACCACAAACUAA